GCCAGCAGCGGCUCUGAAGGAAGGCUGGGCGCGGCACGGUCUACUCAGUCUUGCCUCCAGCCUCCAGCCCACGUCUCUCAUCUUUUUUUGGAAACUGUUCCUGUAGGGACUAGCAGAGCUCGGGAGCCGCAGCUGGCACAGGCCACUGUCUCCGCCUGAUCCAUUCAUUGGAAACCGGUCUUUUCUCCGAGUCCAAGUUCCUCACGUGCUGCUGCUUCGAGCGGCGGGCAGCGACAUGGAGGAGACCAACGGAUACCUCGACGGCGCCCAGGCUCAGCCUGCGGCCCGUCCCCGAACGCCCGAGACCGGGACGAGCAAAGCGCAGCGCUGUGCUAGCUUUUUUCGGCGCAACGCGCUGGUGCUGCUCACCGUGUCGGGGGUGUUGGCGGGCGCCGGCAUGGGCGCGGCGCUUCGCGGGCUGCAGCUCACCCGCACGCAAAUCACUUACCUGGCCUUCCCCGGCGAGAUGCUGCUCCGUAUGCUACGCAUGAUCAUCCUACCGCUGGUGGUUUGCAGCCUGGUGUCGGGCGCCGCCUCCCUGGACGCCAGCUCCCUCGGGCGUCUGGGUGGCAUCGCUGUUGCUUACUUCGGCCUCACCACGCUGAGUGCCUCUGCGCUCGCUGUUGCUCUGGCGUUCAUCAUCAAGCCAGGAGUGGGCGCGCAGACCCUUCAUUCCAGCAGCCUGGGGCUGGAGAACUCAGAACCUCCUCCAGUCUCCAAAGAGACAGUGGACUCUUUCCUGGAUUUACUCAGAAACCUGUUCCCUUCCAAUCUUGUGGUUGCCGCAUUCUCUACGUCUGCAACCAGUUACACAGAGGUUGUCCAUAACUCCAGCUUGGGGAACGUGACCAAAGAGAAGAUCCCCGUCGUCACUGAUGUGAAAGGGAUGAACAUCUUAGGACUGGUCCUUUUUGCCCUGAUGUUAGGAGUGGCUCUAAAGAAGCUAGGCCCCGAGGGAGACGAGCUCAUCCGAUUCUUCAAUUCCUUCAAUGAGGCAACAAUGGUGUUGGUGUCGUGGAUCAUGUGGUACGUACCUAUCGGCAUCAUGUUCCUGAUCGGAAGCAAGAUUGUGGAAAUGCAGGACCUCAUCGUGCUCGUGACUAGCCUCGGGAAAUACAUCUUCGCCUCUAUACUGGGCCAUGUUAUCCAUGGAGGAAUUGUUCUGCCUCUUGUCUAUUUUGCUUUUACGAGGAAAAACCCGUUCACGUUCCUCCUGGGCCUCCUCACCCCGUUUGCGACGGCUUUUGCGACCUGUUCCAGCUCAGCAACCCUUCCGUCUAUGAUGAAGUGCAUCGAGGAAAACAAUGGCGUGGACAAGAGGAUCAGCAGGUUCAUCCUUCCCAUCGGGGCCACAGUCAACAUGGAUGGGGCCGCCAUUUUCCAGUGUGUGGCUGCAGUGUUCAUCGCCCAGCUCAACAACGUGGAGCUGAACGCGGGACAGAUUUUCACCAUUCUGGUGACCGCCACCGCAUCCAGUGUUGGAGCAGCGGGUGUGCCGGCUGGAGGGGUCCUCACCAUUGCCAUCAUCCUAGAGGCCAUUGGACUGCCCACGAACGACCUCUCUCUGAUCCUGGCUGUGGACUGGAUUGUGGACAGGACCACCACUGUGGUGAACGUGGAAGGGGAUGCCCUGGGAGCUGGGAUCCUCCACCACCUGAAUCAGAAGACAGUGAAGAAGGGUGAGCAGGAGCUGCAAGAAGUGAAGGUGGAAGCCAUUCCCAAUUCCAAGUCUGAGGAGGAGACGUCGCCCCUGGUGACACACCAGAACCGGGCAGGCCCUGUAGCCGUUGCUCCUGAACUCGAAUCCAAGGAGUCAGUGCUGUGAUUGGGCUGGGUCUUGGGCCAUCCUGCUAGUACCAGCGACCUACCCUGGUAGCCUGCCCCACUGACGUGGGCAUGGCCCUCACAGACUUUUCGUCUCCCAAGGAAUGCGUUGGCCCAAUCACUAGUCUGAGAGUGACCUCUCAGCACAGUCAUGGAGCUCCCAAGCCAGGACUGCUUACCGAGGACUAGAACACUCUGACCUUUGUCUUGAUCCAUGUCUCAAUGGAGCUGUGGAUUCACCUUGACUCUCUUUGUGAACCCCCUUGAGCUGCCAGACCUCAGGGAUCCCAGGUUCAUGGAGGCCUGGGAUAAAGGUCAAGGGGGGGUGGGGGUGCGGAUGGAUUCUUCACUGUCUCCCGGGAGCUCUGCAUCUGGUGCUUUCUGGGCGAGCCAGAAGGGUUUACAGCUGUCAAUCACACUGUCUCCAUAGCAGCAGACACUGAAGGACCUCCCAGAGACCUAAACUGAGCUCGAAUCAGCUGGGCUCCCUCUUGCGUUAACGGAGCAUGCUCCACUUGAGCGGGAGGCCUCUAAGGGAGCAGAGGUAAAACGAGUUAGAGACCCUCCGUGUGAUGUUAGCACAGCUGGCGACUCAGCUUGAGUAAAACGUAAGAGGUCAGAGGCAGACUGAGGAGCACCCUAAAGAGGAUGGGACAGCUUGUUCCCAUCUACACAGAGGCGCUUCUCUGCUCCAGCCAGCACUUCCCCUCCAUUUCCAUUGGGAUUCAGCACCUACAGUAGUAGGACCUCCUCCUCCGGGAGGGGUGAUGUGGUCACAGCCUUGCCGACUCAUUGGUCAGUCUGUAUUAUUACGGUUUGACUAGGCUCCUAAAAUACAGCCAAGCUACGAAAUCAUAUACACCCCCCAAUAAACCCACGCACUGAUCAAGGCUCUGUCCCAGGCGCCUGUCUGGUUUCCACAGUAAACUACUUGGCUUGUGUGCGGCCUAUGGUUAGUCCUGGGUCCCAUGUAACCUGCCUCUUACGUACUUCGUUGGGACCUGACAAGGCCAAGGAUAGAUCUGUGGGAAUUAUUGUUUUGCUCCUUGGAAGCCAAAUUCUAACACCUGUAAGUGCCCGGUUUACCUGAGCGACGGCUUUCUCCAUGAAGACCGCCUGUUGGCCCGAGCGGCUCUCCUGAACUGUCAUCCUCAUACUUCAGAGCUCGAGUUCCGAAGAGUUGUGAAGACAUUCAACAUUGUUACUCUCAAACACAGUUUCUGCCAACCCCACCCAUAACAGGAGAUUAAGUCCCUAAGUCACUGGCUUCACUCUCUUGCUUCCUCUGCUGGGCUAUCACGGGACCCACACAUACUUGAGACAGAGGUCAUUUUAAAAUGGCGCCUGUGCCUGAGUGAAGGGGUGGGCCAGGAGCAGAGUCCACACAGCCAGGGUGAAAGCCCAGAUCUUUAAACCAACUGAGCCACUCCAGUCUCCGGUGGGGCCAGGAACGACCAGGAACUAAGCAGGGAGUGGCAAACCUUGUUGCCAACACUGUUUUUUUUUUAAGGGGAAUCAAUCACAUUGUUUGAUUAUAAGUGAGCAUUUGGUAUGUUUUUUAAGUUUCAAUGUAUCUUUUCCUCUGUAUUUACAUAUACUUUGUGUGUGCGCGUGUACACAUGAAUGCUUUUAGCUCCAAGGAAGUCUGAGUUUGGAUAAAGGGGAACUAAAGUACAAAUUACAUCUUUGGCAUCCAUUCUAAAGAGUCUUAUUAAGUACAGAUUGGAGCUGGACAGUGAAGCCCACCGGCUGGACACUCACAUCUCAGUCUGGACCCAUGGUAAAGAGUGCUGCUGUGGACGGAGGAAGGCGCUUCUGUGCGACAUUGGGAUUUCCCUCUUGGAGGCCACAAGAGGAGGCUGUCCCAUGCCUCCCUGAGUUUUGGUUCUCAGAGAAGUGGAUGGAGUUUUGUAACAAGGAAGACACCACCACAACCGUCUGAAACGUCUCCUUGGUAUUUUUCUAACAUGUUCAUCUCUCGAUGUUUUGUGUGUGUGUGUGUGUGUGUGUGUGUGUGUGUGUGUGUGUGACAUUUGCCUUAAAACGUAGCACAGCCAUUAAAAACGAGUACCGUAUUUUUUACUUUCA